UCAUGCAGCGGUCGUCAUAACUGAUGGUUUGAAGUCAUGCGGACAAUACUCUGAUCGGAAAACUCCCCCGUGUGAUCAAUAAAUCCCUCUGUUUGUUAUAUACAGAGCUGAAAAAUAGUCUGGAGAUCAUCAUUGGCUUCCAUCUUCGGAUAAGUUUUGGCAUGAGCUGCGUCUAGAAUUUAUUCGUUAUCAUAAUGAAGAAUUGCCUCAGAUCCCAAGCUCUAGGUAACCCAACCAUGACUAUGUCCUGCUUCUGAAUCUCUUGCCGUGAGGAGCGAACCCAGCCAAGACAGCAGUGGACAUGCACUGCUAUCCUCCACUCCACAGGGGGUGCUGCUGGUAGAAGAUAUCAGGAAAGGGUGUGUGCACUGCUCUGGCCAUGGAUGACUUCACUACACGCACCUAUGGCACCAGCGGCAUGGACAACAGGCCUCUGUUCGGGGAGACGUCGGCCAGGGAUAGAUUCAUCAAUCUAGUGAUCGGUGGACUUGCGUCUUUACUCGUUCUGGUGACCAUCAUUAGCUCAUUUGUCUUCCCUUCUCUUCCUCCCAAGCCAUUGAAUAUUUUCUUUUCCAUCUGUAUCAUGCUAGUCUGUGGGUCAGUGUUGGUUCUGAUAUACUGGUAUAGGCAAGGAGAUCUGGAGCCCAAGUUUCGCAACUUGAUCUACUACAUGCUCUGUUCCAUCGUUCUGCUGUGUAUCUGUGCCAACUUGUAUUUUCAUGACGUGGGACGUGAUAAACAGAACAAUGCCUUAUAAUACUUUUUCCACGGGAGCUGUCCCAAUCAGCGGAAUGUUCAUCAUUAUGUGGGUGCUUUGGGACCCCACUUGAGUUCUUGAAUCAGGAGAAUUCAUUUUUCCUAGCUGCCCCACUUGUGUGGGCAGGGCCAGUCUGCCUUUGGGAGCCAUGUUAGCGGACUAAACAUAUUAUAGAUGCAAGUAUGUUAGUGAUCAGAAGCACUCUGGGAUGAUGUCCAUGUACACGUUUUGCAACCUGAAUGCUGUACACGGCUUAACCUAUAUGCAAAUGUAAAAAAGACUCUGAGGUUUUGAAAUAAGCCAUGGCAAUGUAAUGCAUAAUGCUUUUAUAUUUGUACAUGACACAUCUAUGGUACAUUCCGAAUUAAGAAAAAUCUUUAUUUUGUA